CAGAUCUGGCAACCCAGAGUCCAAAUGAGCCGUGCGUAAUGCACAUCUCGGAAUAGGAUGGAGAAAAGAAAAGCAGCAGUUUGAAAUCAGCAUUCAGCCACACACACACACACACACACACAUGCACUGAUGUUGUAGGUUAAAACGUUACACUGUGACAGCUUUGUUGCAAUAACUUUCUUCACCCACAAAACGUUUCCAUGCACAUGGAUGCAUGCUGUAAUUAGACCUGGUUUCGAGUAUUAGGGCUGCUUUUGGAGGCUCGCGCGCCCUGGACACGGUUCCUCGCGAUGCGUGCUCUUGCGGCGUUCGUGUCUCUGCUCGCGCUGUGCGUGAUCGCGGCACGCGGAUGCCAGCUUCCCCAUGACUGGAGACCACAGACGGAAGCGUGCCGCGCGGAGCUGGCCGAGAUCAUAGUUUUCGCCAGGGUGCUCGCUGUUCACGAGGACGCGCACGCCGGCGCGUAUAACUACCUGCCAUGGCAGCACGAAACCGGGCUCUUCUUCUCGGCUGAGAUCGAGCUGCUGUGCGACCAGGCGUGGGGCAGCAUGCUGGAGGUGCCCGCCGGCUCGCGCUUCAACGUCACCGGACUCGGCUACUUUCCAUGCUACUCAUACAGCGUGGUGGAGAAUAACAACUACUACUUCUUCUUGAGGAUGGAUGAAAACUAUAACAUCAUCCCUCAUGGAGUGAAUUUCCAGGACCCCAUUUUCAUUGACACACCGGAAAACCACCGCAUGUUUGCCAGCCUCUUCCAGUUCUCCAACUGUACAGCCGGGACACAGGUCCACACGUAUACCCCCGAGUGGGAGGCGCAGGAGGACAGCCGGCUCCUGUGCUCCACAGUGCAGAGAGCUCUCUUUGAGGAAGAGGAGAAGGUUAAAACACUUUCUCAGAAGGUUAAGGUUCUUGAGAAAGCCAACAACCAUCUGAGGGACAAAGUGAAGAACCUGAAGCGUUUGCUGAGGCUGGCCAAACGGGAGACCAAGGAUCAGACGGUGCCUCUCAAACAGUUUCAUGAGCCUGAACCAGAGCUCCCACAUCCACAGCAAGAUACCACCCAGGUCCAAAAACCUGUUAAUGGGAAGAUCCUGCCUAGGAAGCUCAAAAACUAGGGAAUUUUGUGUAAUUCCUUCCAAACUAGAGAAUUUUGCCUAAGUACUGCCAGGAAGUCAAACCAGUUACACAGCUGUAGGUCUGUGUAUCUAUAAAAAUUUCCAUAGACUAGAAUGAAAAUGGUUGUAUUAUGGAGGGUAAUGGACUUUGCAUGUAUGCUACAGCUCAGGAUUAACAGAGAAAGGAAAUUAUCCACAGAAUAUGCAUAUGCGUCAGUCGUAGGCUAGUAGUUCAUGAGAAGAAAUGUUAAGUAUGAAUGAAUGAAUAUUUACCAGCCCUUAACCCUAUAGUCUCCAUUAAUUGGUUUCAAUCCAAUGAGCACCCACGCCUGUUUAAAUGUAUGACAUGCAUAACACUUGUAAAGUUGUGAAAGUCUUUCCUUUCCAUUGAACCUCUGAAACCUCCGUUACAUACCUGUAUUUCAAAUUUGGAAAACACUUACAGCCAUUUUCCAGUAGGCUGUCAUCAGUCUGAUUAUUAUACCUUCUAGUCCUGCAUAAAAGAAUGUCAAAAUUCCACAAUAUAUGUCCAUUUAAGGUUGAAAAGAAAAAUAUUUUAGUAUGAUAUUGAAACACAGUGCACUUGACGUCUCUGGAAUGUUACACUACACGCUUUCCAAAGGUCUUUCAUUUAUGAUUCCAUUCUGUAUAGCGUUUUGUGUACUUGAGUAUAUGAGUGAAAUUGUUUCUCUUUUUUCUUUUUUCUUCUUUAAAAAAAAAAAAAAAAAAUGCAACCAGGGUGCUGAGCACUCCAUAACUAGAACCACUACUCAGUAUGGCUUCUCUUAAGGCCACAUGUUUCAGCAUUUAGUUAACUGAUAAGAAUUUGUUAGGUUAAGAUCAGAAAUUGUUUUUAAAAAAUUAUGAAAUGUAAACAAUAUUGUUUUUCAUGUAUGUUUAACAUAUUCAUAAGCUUUUAUAUACGACAUUUACAAUUAAAUAAACUUUCAGUUUUACUUAA